CGAGCAGCAUCUCGCUACAUGUGGGUGGCAGCAUUUGGAUGUCGGCUGGGCUUCACAUGCACCAGUGAGAUUAUUCUUUUCAGCGCGCUCAAGGGUGAAGUUACACGGUUGUGCAACGACGAUGCCAGCCAGUGGCACUAUAGUCGUUCCGGUACUAUUACUGGAUAAGAGUGUUGAGUAUACGACCAUAUCACCAAAUGCAACUGCUCAGGACCUCAUUGAUGCACUUACUCGAUUGGAUGCAGUGAAGGCGACCGGUUUGCCCGACCUUUCGUCGUCGGCGUGCGCUCUCCAACUAAUACGAAGAGAGAAGGCUGGCCGCCGGUGGGAGCAAACGGAGCUGGAUGCUUUAGAGACAGGGCUUAUACCUUCCAUUGCUCCCAUCCACUCGCUAGUACCUCUGCUGGAGGAUAACGUAACUCAUUGUCUGAGGUCCCAGAACGACCCUGUUUGCCGCUUGGUCUCAUUGCAUCCCUCAUUAUCACUCGAACUCGUAUUCUCUCGCAUCCCCGAGGUAUACGAUGGAUUCAAGUGGACUGUCUUUAUCGGGACCACCACAACUGUCGAAGAUGUGAUAAACGUUAUCGUGGAAGAAUUUGGUCUAAUCAGACGGAUGCCCGGGUCAAAGAGAGGGGAGAAGAUUAAUUAUGUGUUAGAACAGUCAUUCAGAGGUUCAGAGGUCACUCCCCUUGCAUCCUCUGCUCGGAUAACCGAAAUACUGCAGAGAGCGACGCAAACUUCGACUGGGGAUGUGCCCACGUAUCAUUUCUGUAUUCCAGAAGAAUGGUUCUUUGGGUCAAAACCUUGCUCUUCGUCUGUCCAAUCCCUUUCCGCGGACACUAACUCAGGGCAAACGGACCUUGCUACUCGGACAGAUGACGAGAGUACCGCGAAGCAACAGAAGCCUAGUGCCGAUGUGCCCUCCAGAGUCGGAUCGCCAGAAUGGAGGAGCUCGAUAUCGCAAAAUCUCCUCAUGAGCUACCUACCGAGCUGGUCCCAACCUGCUCCUGCCACUACUUCCGUUCUCGUUGCAUCCGCCAACAGGAAAAGCAUCAGCGAGCCUGUCUUAAUGGAACAAAGUACUGGCGGGAGCUUCUAUACGCCCUCAGUGACGAUUAGUAAUCACGGAGAAGAAUGGAGCGACACCGAUGCGGCUGAAUUAGAACGCUGUCUGGGUGAAUUGGGAUUGCAAAAGGAUGCUAGAGCGAAUAUUUACCGACAAUCUCCAGAGAAAAAGCGAAGGAUUAUGCAAGACUUACUGCAUUCACGAAAUGAGAAGGACUCUAGUUCACCUCCUGCUGCUUCGAACAACUCCUUAUUGCUGCCUCCUCCUAUACCUCGGCUCUUCGGAGAUAACAGUUUUUUUGGGAGGCACUCCGCUUUCCCGACAUGGGGAUCAGAAACCGCGUCGACACUACAAUCAUCAAAUAAUGACAAGGAGUCCAACAGCUUGUUCGAGCGCAGUGACUCGCAGAAGUCGUCUCUGUCGAACUCUGUACAACCUCAAACAACCGGGAGUUUUUUCAGUGCUUUAUGGGCUAAAUUGUCAGGAGAGCCCAUCACCAGAACGGACAGCGGUAUUUCGGCACGAACAUAUGUCGAUGCGUUACGAAAGACUCGCAGUUCAAGUGAAAAGCUUGUAAACUCACUCAUUUCCCUGCGAGUGCAUCUGUCUACGGCUAGGGUCGAGUGGAUCGAAAAUUUCGUGGCAGAGGAAGGAAUCAUCAUCAUCGGCGGUCUGCUUUCCUCCCUAACUGGGAAAAGAAGUAUAACGAGAUUCUUGACCGACACGGAGGGUAUGGUGUUGUUAGAGUUGAUCCGUUGCCUUAGGGUACUCUUGAAUACUCAGCCAGGCUUCGACAACAUUCUUUUAUCUCCAACCAUCAUAUAUCACCUGGUUUAUUUCAUUUUCCAUGGAGCACCUUUGAAGUCGUGCACUCUAGCUGCGGAAAUGCUUGCUGCAAUAUGUAUGGUUUCUUUCGAUGAAGGCUACAGGUCUGUACUCGCUGCCUUCUCAGAAUAUCGCAUUGCGCACAACGAGGUUUUCCGGUUUCACUCGCUAGUCGCAACACUGAAGCUCCCAGGCUCGUUGUCUAUGGAACAGAAUGCGAGCAUAACAGUAUCGACUGAAGAGGAAGGGAUGUGGGAGACUCGUAUAGCGACCUUGGCGCUUAUUAAUGCUAUCAGUAUUUGCCCCCAUUCCCUGGAGGAGAGGAUCGUACUCCGUGAUGAACUCAGCCGGCGGGGCUUGGACGAGGUGAUGCUGAAUCUCAGGCACGCAAACCCUCCGGACAGUUUUCUUACACAAUUGAAUGUGUACUCGGAAGAGAAAUUCGAUGACGACGAGGAAUUUCGUGACAGAGCGCGGAGACUUGUGCAAGCCGGUGGCGGGUGUUCCGAGAAACCCGAACACGUCCUUCUAGAAAGCAUUCUUAAGGCCGCGCGCUCCUUGGGGUCAACGCAGAGCGUUUGUAAUAUUUUGCGAAAGCUGGAUCAAGUGAUGCAAGAGAACAUAGAUCCUACCUUCAAGCUUGAUAUGCUCUCCAUUUUGGAUGAUUUGGUAGGAUAUUUGGGGGCGGCUGACAACACUGAAGAUGCAUGGGCUACUUUCGCCGAGCACGUAUUGGCGUCUAUCCGGAAGAUCACCGGACGUGAUGUGCUGACUCGGUAUACGGAGGACAUUCGGGUGUUGCGUGAUAGAGUGGAGGACCUCACGCGCCAGAAUGCUGCUCUCCGAAGCGAACGUCUUCGCACCGAUGAAGAUGUCUCCGUCAGUCGUGCAACAGGCCAAUCAUCUUCAAAGCCGACUUCACCGGCAAAAGUGAGCAACGAGAGAAUAGCUGGAAUCGUCCAGCGUCUCUCUCAGAAGGAGAAAGAAAUUACACGACUUGUGGGCGAAAUCGAGCGCCUCAAAAAACAGACCGUCCACCGUGAAAGACAGGAUGACAGGGCCAAGGGAGAGAGUGACAAGGCUGGAAUUAGCUCACUCGACGCAGAAGCUGAGAAGCUUAAGCUCAAAGUUAACCAGCUGGAAAGCUCUCUUUCUGAGAGUGCCAGAGAGGUAACGAGUAUGAAGGGCGCUCUUGAAUCCGUGUACUUCCGUCUCUUUCCGGCGCGAGGUAAUGAAUCUGGUGGAGCGGAUGUUCAAUCCAUAGCAGAUCGCAUCCUAGAGAGGUUUGACAAACAGAGCACUGAAAUGUCAGCGUUGCUGGCGCAAGUUUCUAAGCUCCAGUCAACACUGUCAGAAAAAUCUGCUCUCGUAACCGAACUAGAGCUCAAAGUUCGCACCUCCUCUCUCCCAGCCGUUUCUGGAAGAGCAACGCCAUUGCAGAGCAAGAUCGACCGCAAUGAGGAAGCUUCUGCAUUACCAUCACCAGUGGCUCUUUCUCAAGGGACGGUUUCACCACCACCACCACCACUACCUCUCCUUGCGCUCUCUGCUGCGCCGCUCGUUGCCUCUGGAAACGAGGGUGUCAAUCCUGGCUUUAAGAGCAUACAGGCGGGACAAGCUCUAGAAAACAAGGAUCCGCUUGCAUCACAAUCCUUGCACAUUCCUUCCCCACCGCCGCCACCACCACCUGGUCUCGCUAGUGACACUGUUCUGUCUCCUCCUCUUCCACCACCACCACCACCACCACCACCACCACCCCCUCCGCCGCCACCGCCUCCGGGCGAACCCCCCAAAAUACGCCGGACGAAGGCGAAUCCUUACGCGCCGCGCCUGAAACCAUUUUUUUGGAAUAAACUGGAUAAUGAUGCCACCAGCUCCACGGUAUGGGCUGAGGCCCCGCCAGACUUGCAGUUCAACAUGGAUGAUCUUGCAGCUACCUUCAGCAUGGGCGUUGUCUCUACACCAUCCCAAAUAACCAGCCCUUCGCGAAAGCAGAACGUCACCUCCCUUUUGGAUAUCACCAGAGCGAACAACGUUGCCAUUAUGCUUUCCCGAUUUAGGAAGGGCUACUCGGUAAUCCGUCAUACGCUUCUGGACCUUGAUAGCUCCCAACUAUCCAUAGACGAUUUGAAGGUAAUCAGCAAGCAGUUACCUACUCCCGAUGAGAUCACUCGUAUCAAGGAAUUCGGGGACGUUAGUAGGCUAGCCAAAGCAGAUCAAUACUUCAGCGAGAUUAUGACGAUACCGAGACUUCCGCAAAGGCUGGAGUGCAUGAUGUUCCGCCUGCGCUUCGAGCUAGACGUCAAUGAGAUUCGCCCGGAACUAAAAACGGUUCAUGAUGCAUGUGGGGAAUUGCGUUCUUCUGAACGGUUCAAGGCAACGUUGCAGGCGAUUCUCGCUGUCGGAAAUGCCUUGAAUGGAUCCACCUUUCAUGGCGGUGCCCGCGGUUUCCGUCUAGAGACCUUACUCAAGAUGAAGGAAACAAAAACGACGAAGAGUGGUCCAAAUUGCCCUACGCUCUUGCACUAUAUGGCCCGGGUACUGAUCCGCACAGACCCCAAACUGACACUAUUUAUUGAGGAGCUUCCCAGUGUGCAGGCUGCUGCUCGCGUGUCGUUCCAAUUUGUUACCCAAUCCGUCCACUCAGUCGUACAAUCAUACAGAAAAGCACAGGAAGAGGUGUUGUUCGUCAAAAAGCUAUCGAAUGCACUGCCCAACGAUAAACUCGUUGAGGUUAUGGAGCCAUUUCUUUCAGAGAUAUCCGAGCGCGUAAAAGCACUGGAGCAACUGUCUGACACAGUUGCAAAUAGCUUGCGCUCUUUAUAUGCCUAUUACGGGGAGCCCUACGAUACCGCAGAGAGCUUGAAACCAGAGGAUUUCUUUAGUACAAUUUGUUCCUUCUCUUUGUCAUUGCAGAAAGCCGCAAUCGACGUACAUGAUUCUGUCACUAAACCACCGAUUUCCGCCUUGCCGUCAGUUUCACUAGCUGCUGCCCAAGAAGCGAAAGACAAGAAGCCCUCGCCGUCGGAGGUCGUACAGAAGUUGCCUUGCGGGGUGGUGCAGAAUGCCCAAAGAACUAUUGCCCGUGGUGAAGUGGACGAGAUAAUUAGGACUUUGAGGGAGGGCACGUUCAAUAAGCGUGCAAGGAAUAGUCUUCCCCAGGCGAACAUGAUUUUUGUCGAUGGCAGGAAGAAUGGGUAAUAUUGUGUAGUUGAGAGGGAGUACAAUACCGGGCAACUUGCUUUCCAGGUGUGCAUCUAUUCAGGUCUGACGACAUCAGUAUUGCUAGGGACGUGUGGUCAGCUCCUUGUACGUAUCAUCGAGCCGUAUAUAAUUCGAAUAGUGGGAAUCAAUGUGAACACAAGUAGCUAAAUGAGGAAGACU